AUGAAUAUACUAAACUACGACGAGACUAACUUGUCCGACAAUCCAGAGUGGCUUGAAGGAGGACCAACUGGAACCAGAUAUAAUUGUUCGAAAUCCAGUUGGUUUGACACGUCUUCAUUCGAAGAUUAUUUCAAUACUAUAGUGGUUGACUGGGCGAGACAAAGUUCCGGGCCAAAAGUAGUCAUUGGUGAUAAUUUGUCUUCCCACAUAAAUAUUGAAGUAGUAGAAUUGUGUCAAAAACAUAAUAUAAGCACGAAAAAAUCAUCUGUAAGAAAAAAUACUAAGGAAGAUACAAUAAAGAUCAACCAAGAAAGAGAGACAGAAGGUAUUAUAGCAUCGUGGGAUACAGAAAAUGAGAUAUACUUAGAUGAAAUUACAGAUGUUAAAGUAACCCCUAAGCAAAUGAAGGACAUUAAGAAAAAAAUAAAAUUAGGUACUGAAGUCAUCGGAAAAUCAGCUUUACAGAUAAAAAUUCUUACGAAAAAAGUGGGCGAUGAAAAUAGUAAUGUGGUCUUAUAUGAAAAAAAUAAAAGAAAACAGGAAAAUGUAACUAAGGGACGAAAAACAAAGAUAGCGAAACGGAAGAAAUUGAGAUCAUAUUAUUGUGAAACGAGUUCUGAAUCGGAUAUUAUGAGUAUUGCAAAUACAGAUGAUUCGGAAUAUGAGACAUUUGAUGAAUAUGUAUCAACAUGUUUACAAGAGAUAGACAACAAGGAAAACUGUGAGCCAGAAAACUUCACUGCACCCUUUGGAUUCAGUGAUAUCACCUAUUUUACAAGCGAUGUAGAUUUAAGAGAAGAGGACUGGGUAGUUGUAAAAUUUGCGACAAAAAAGCAUAAAGCAGUUUGUUGGCUGUCUUUUAUAUAUAAAAAACAGUACUCCUACUGUAAAAUUUGCAAGAAAAGUGAAAAAUGCAAAAGAUGGCAAAGUGAUUUUUACGUAUCCGAAUGUGGAGGACGUGUGUGA